UAAGCAGACUGGUCUCUCUCACAUGGCUACUCUCUCUCUCUGUUCUCUGCUCCCUGCUCUGAAACUGAAACCAAGUAACAGGCAAGAAAGCGAAAUACACAUAUAAGCCAGGCCCCUCUCUCUCUCUCUCUGCCUUUAUAGCUCCAUUAUCAACCCUGCCUUUUAGCUCUUUCUCUCUGGCCCUGGCUCUCCCAACCAUGGAAGUUUUCAGCUUGCUCAGGUACUGGCGCGGAGGCGGCGGAACACUCGACGGAGGGGUUAAUGCUGGUCACGGGACCACGACCAUUGUCACCUCCGUCAGCCACCAGGCGGGUGAGAUGGACGACAAUGAACGAGAGGGCGACAACGACGAUGGACCCUUCUUCGAUUUGGAGUUCGCCGUGCCGGACGACGGCGAAGUGGAUGAGCAAGGGGAUGGUACGGACGGCGGCGAGGAGGAAGAUAGCGAGAAUGAAAGGGAUUUCAAGUUCACGCUCUCAUCCGGUUCGAGCGCCGACCGGACGGAUCCUAAUGUCGCGCUGUCGCCUUCCGACGAUUUGUUCUUCAAUGGCCGGCUCGUGCCGGUGGAGGCGGAGCCGACGGCGGCGAAGUCGCAGUUCUCGCUCCUUAAGUCGGCGACAAAGUUUAGGGUCAUGAUGCUGAAGUUCAAGAAACCGAAGACCAAUUUGGCCGAGAAACCAGAGCCCAAAGAUGAGGAGACCCAGCAGCAGCAGCAGCUGCAGCUGCCGAAGCAACCGAAAAGCAAGCAUUUCACCGUGAAAUUCAAGGUGGAGGAGGUGCCGAUCAUGUCUCUGUUCGCCAGAGAAACCAACAAGUCCCAGAAGCAGCAAAUCUCCGACGAAACAUCAGCGAUGGAUGAGAAGCCCUUCUCCAAAGACGCCGUUCUAAGGUACUUAAAAAUGGUUAAGCCUUUGUACAUCCGCGUCUCCAAGCGGUACGCCGAGAAACUGAGGUUUUCUCCGCCUUCUACGGCGGCGGAGAAACCGUCCCCUCCGCCGGCGGCUAACACCUCAGUGGCGGCUGAGAAGGAACCGUCACCGCGCGCGAGCAACGAAAAGGGUCAGAAGCAGGGGAAUGUGCCGGCGGGGCUGCGAGUGGUGACGAAGCAUUUGGGGAAGAGCCGGUCGGCCUCCUCGACGGCGCCUUCUUCUGGGUCGGUUCAGGCGAAACGGCGAGACGACUCGCUGUUGCAGCAGCAGGACGGGAUUCAAGGCGCCAUUCAACACUGCAAGCGAUCCUUCAUCGCUUCAUCCAGAGAGCUGGAGCCGUCGUCGCUUCUGUCGAGGUCGGCGAGCGAUCCAUCCCACGACAAAUCGUAGCGCAGAAAGCGUUCAAAGAGGCGGAGGAAGGCAAGCAGCCGAUAAUGGAAACCGUCUUUUCACUUUGGUUCUUUAAUUUCGGUAUGAUUUUGAGGACUAAAGUGACCCACCAGCGGCCACUUUCUUCCCUGUAAAUUCGUUCCCAAAAACAAAAAGAGAAAAGCCUGAACCUUUCCCCCUC